GGGCGGGGCGGGGCGGGCCGGGGCAGCGGCAGGAGCCGGGGCGCCCGCUGCUCCCGUCCCGUCCCGUCCCGUCCCGCGCCCUCCCCGGUGUCGCCGCCCGCCGGGACCGGGCCUCGGCCGCCCCGCCCGACCUGACCUGCACCGUCGCCGGAGGAGCGCGGCGGGAUGGCGGCCGGCGGGUACGGCCGGUACCGGGCCGUGAUCUUCGGGGCCAUGUUCGUCGGGUACACGCUCUACUACUUCAACCGCAAAACCUUCUCCUUCGUCAUGCCCGCCGUCAUGGCCGAGGUGCCGCUGGGGAAGGACGACCUGGGUCUCAUCACCAGCAGCCAGUCGGCGGCCUACGCCAUCAGCAAGUUCGUCAGCGGCGUCCUCUCCGACCGGCUGAGCGCCCGCUGGCUCUUCUCCUGCGGGCUGCUGAUGGUGGGCCUGGUCAACGUGGGCUUCUCCUGCAGCUCCACCGUCGCCGCCUUCGCCGGGCUCUGGUUCCUCAACGGCUUGGCCCAGGGGCUGGGCUGGCCGCCCUGCGGGAGGAUACUGCGGAAAUGGUUUGAGCCUUCCCAGUUUGGGACCUGGUGGGCAGUCCUCUCCACAAGCAUGAACUUGGCUGGGGGCUUAGGCCCCAUCGUCGCUGCCCUGGUGUCUAUGAACUACGAUUGGCGCAUGACUUUGUCCUUCUCUGGCUUCAUCUGCGUUGUUGUCUCUUUUAUUUGCCUCGUCCUGAUUAAAAACGAGCCGUCGGAUGUUGGGCUACCCAAUAUUGAACAAGGAGCCAAGAAAGGGAAGAAAGGUUCCUCCAGCGACAAUAGCACUUUGACAGAGCUCCUGCUCUCGCCGUACCUCUGGGUGCUCUCAACAGGCUACCUGGUCGUUUUUGGAGUGAAAACCUGCUGUACUGACUGGGGACAGCUCUUCCUGAUCCAGGAGAGGGGACAAUCCGUGCUUGUGGGUAGUUCCUACAUGAGCGCCCUGGAGAUCGGGGGUCUGGUGGGAAGCAUUGCCGCUGGGUACCUUUCUGACAGAGCGGUAGCGAGAGUGGGUCUCUCGAGCCACGGGAAUCCUCGGCACGCGCUGCUGCUCUCCAUGAUGGCCGGGAUGUGCGUGUCCAUGUUCCUCUUCCGCGUCACGGUCACGGGCGAUUCCCCCAAGGAAAAUCACUUCUGGACUGUAGCCUUGCAACCUCUGGCUGAUCUUACAGGCCUAAAAGAACAUGAGCUGUGGAUCCUGACGCUGGGAGCCGUGUUUGGGUUCUCCUCGUACGGGCCGAUCGCCCUGUUCGGGGUUAUAGCCAACGAAAGUGCCCCCGCCAACCUGUGCGGCACCUCCCACGCCAUAGUGGCCCUCAUGGCCAAUGUCGGGGGUUUUCUGGCCGGGCUGCCCUUCAGCACCAUUGCCAAGUACUACAGCUGGGCCACGGCCUUCUGGGUAGCCGAAAUCACCUGCACCGCCAGCACCGUGGCUUUCUUCUUACUGCGCAACAUCCGCACCAAGAUGGGCCGGAUUCCCAAGAAGGCUGACUGAGGAUAAGCUGCUUUGGUGAAAAGGGUGCUCCCAGGCCGACGUGAAUGAUGCUCGUGUUUUGUUUAACUGGCCUAGGAGUGAGUUUACCUAUUGCUGCAACCUAGAUAGAAAUGUCUCAAUGUCUCAUCCACUCUCACGUGCCUCAGGGCACAAGGUUCCUGCUACCGAUCACUUUUUUUUUUUCCCUCAAAAUGUGAUAAUUCAGCUACUUUACAGCUGCGAUGAUUUUACUGUACCUCCUUCUCACAGCACUGUCGGUGAAGCGAGCCGGCUCCGCAGCCCAGGCUUCUCCACUAAAAGUUCUCUGAAAGGACUGGCUCCGGGUGCCGUCACGUGUAGUUUUGUCCUUACUGUCCAUCUUGGUCGUUAACUGUCGCUUCAGCCUCCUCGUCCCGGGGUGCUGCCGCGAGCCGUGGCCAGGCCCGUUCGCCCCGUCCCAGUGCACUGAGCCGUGAGCUCCCAGCGCGCUCGCGGCCCCGCAACAGUGACAGAGCAGCGAGCGAUGAUGAUGAUGACGGCCCUUUGGCCUCACGGCUGAUCUGAGAGCGGCAGGGCCGAAGGUGGGGAGGGAGCGGGUGUUUCGCUCUGGACCAGCGGGACGCCGCUGCGGCGCCAUGGCAGCGCUCUCCGCGGCACUUAGGAAUAGGCACGUUUCCAAGAAAUUCUUGGUGCUUCAGGGGCGAGCGUUUAGAGAAGCUCCUUCUGUUGAGCUGCUCCUGCCCACUGCGAUCUCUGUGUGCGGAGUUAAUGAUUUGCGGGGGAGGCAGCUGCUGCCAAGGCAGCUUGUAGCCAAUCAGCCGGGAAAGCUGACCCAGCAGCAGGUAUUGCGACAGCCGCUGCCGCCAGCCCGCGGCUGCUGCAGCUGCGCUUCGUGAAAACCCGCGUUUCUGGCAUUGGCUUGUGGUUUUUUUUCAGUACGGUCCGAGAUGUUUUCGGUCAAGAGCUGCGUCUCCCAGGGCUGCGGGGAGGGAGUUGGGCUACCUCUGAGCGGAGCCACCCGCCGCUGACAGCCAGCAGCCUUGGGCAGUCAGGCCCAGCACUCUCUGCAAUAAGUACGCUCAGGUUUUUAACUGGAAUUUUGUUGAAUAUUCUUGUUUUUCCCCAAAAGGAUUUACUACUUUAGCGUUCUGGAAUAGGCAAGUUCAACUCGUGAAGAACCCGCACGCGGGUGCUUUGCUGAACAGCUCGGUUGCAAGAGUAGGUAGCCAGCCUUAAUUAAAACAAUGGAAGUGAAUUACAUUUUGUACUUAAUUAUGUGAUCUUCUACUAUCUGUGAAAUAAAAAUGGAGCAGUGUCACAA